AUGAUCGUGUCUAACGUCAGUCUGAGCUGCGACGCGAGCUGCCCAUGGGGAGACAGUGACAGUGAGACGGUGGUCUUGCAGGGAGGAGGUUCAGGUUCUCUGAGUCCUACGGGACACCUCGUGGUGGCGGUAUGUCUGGGGUUUAUAGGUACAUUCGGUUUCCUCAACAACCUCCUGGUGUUAACGUUAUUCUGCCGGAACCGCGCACUGCGCUCUCCCAUCAAUGUCUUGCUGGUGAGUGUGUGUGUGUCGGACCUGCUGGUCAGCGUGCUCGGGACACCGUUCAGCUUCGCCGCUGCCACACAGGGCCGGUGGUUGAUCGGUAGUGCGGGAUGCGUCUGGUACGGCUUCAUCAACGCCUGUUUGGGUAUUGUGUCGCUGAUCUCCCUGGCAGUGUUGUCCUAUGAGCGUUACUGUACCAUGCUGUGUAGGACGCAGACAGACGGCAGCGACUUCGGUCCAGCGGUGGCCGGAGUGUGUUUCUCCUGGCUCUACUCUCUGGCCUGGACACUGCCCCCGCUGCUGGGCUGGAGCAGCUACGGCCCCGAGGGACCAGGAACCACCUGUUCAGUGGACUGGAGGACCCAGACACCGAACAACAUCUCCUACAUCUUCUCUUUGUUCACCUUCUGUCUGUUACUGCCUUUCUCUGUCAUACUGUACAGCUAUAGCAAGCUGCUCAGCGCUAUCAAACAGGUGAGCAGUGUGAGCUCAGUGGUGACCCGUCAUCGUGAGCAACGUGUGUUGGUGAUGGUGGUAACCAUGGUAGCGUGUUACCUGUUGUGUUGGCUGCCCUACGGUGUAGCGGCCCUGCUGGCAACCUUUGGCCCCCGCAACCUUUUGACUCCUGAGGUCACCAUCGCCCCCUCGCUGUUGGCCAAGACAUCGACAGUCAUCAACCCUGUUAUAUACAUCUACAUGAACAGACAGUUCUACAGGUGUUUCAAGGCUAUGCUGAGGUGUUCUGCUCCUGACCGAAGCUACAGUUUGAAGACCUCUUCGCGAGUGACCAAAACACUCCGGACCAUUCGCCAUGGAAACAGACACAACGUGACGGUUGUCGUGGUGUCUGUAGGCCCGCCCACUCCGAAGGUCUCUGCCAACGGUUCCUCAGAGGAAUCGAAUGACCAGCCACUGUCACCUCCCAAAACCACUCCCCCUGUCCAAAUCACUUCCACUGGCCAAACCACUCCCCCUGUCCAAAUCACUCCCACUGGCCAAACCAAUCCCCCUGUCUCAACCAUGCCCACUUUCACACCCAAACCAAAACUGGCCUUGGUAGCUCACUACAACGGAUAG